AUGGCUAGUUCCCCCAUCGCCAUCGCCAUCGCCAUCGCCAUCGCCGCCGCCACCACCACCACCAUCGCCGCCGCCGCCACCACCACCAUCGCCUACCGAACGUGGCAGCAGGAGCAGGAGCAGGAGCAGGAGCAGGAGCCCAAUUCCAGCCGCGGCCUGCUGCGGCGACUGCUGGCGUCCCUCUGCAGUAAAGGCCGGUUCCCACUAGAUCGCGGCAGCGCGGCGUGCGGCAACGGCAGCGGCAAGAGUUUUAAGGAAACCUACACGAAGGAGAAGCACGAGAUGGUGUCUGCGUGGGUGCUGCAGCAUUUCGGAAGCGCCCAGGACCGCUGCAGGUGGACGGAGGGGCUGCACGAAGAAGCCGUCAACACACAGGUGGCAGAGGUAACCCAGAAUGAUUUGCACUUUUUCCCCUCCUGUGCGCGGCUGUCACCCCUCGAGUCACCCCUCGAGUCACCCCUCGAGUCACCCCUCGAGUCACCCCUCGAGUCACCCCUCGAGUCACCCCUCGAGUCACCCCUCGAGUCACCCCUCGAGUCACCCCUCGAGUCACCCCUCGAGUCACCCCUCGAGUCACCCCUCGAGUCACCCCUCGAGUCACCCCUCGAGUCACCCCUCGAGUCACCCCUCGAGUCACCCCUCGAGUCACCCCUCGAGUCACCCCUCGAGUCACCCCUCGAGUCACCCCUCGAGUCACCCCUCGAGUCACCCCUCGAGUCACCCCUCGAGUCACCCCUCGAGUCACCCCUCGAGUCACCCCUCGAGUCACCCCUCGAGUCACCCCUCGAGUCACCCCUCGAGUCACCCCUCGAGUCACCCCUCGAGUCACCCCUCGAGUCACCCCUCGAGUCACCCCUCGAGUCACCCCUCGAGUCACCCCUCGAGUCACCCCUCGAGUCACCCCUCGAGUCACCCCUCGAGUCACCCCUCGAGUCACCCCUCGAGUCACCCCUCGAGUCACCCCUCGAGUCACCCCUCGAGUCACCCCUCGAGUCACCCCUCGAUUACAAGGAUGUUGGCCAAGUAAGUGUUACGUGUGCAGAGGGGCAGUUGGUACAAGCAGCUCACCCGACAGCCUCUACUGGCACCACGAAGAUGCGGCUGUAUCAGAGGCUGGCGAAAAUAAUAGAAAUGCUGGACGUGAUAGGGUGCUGUGCCAUAAUUAAUAAAAUAGAUGAACAGGAAACCCGGCUGAAGCAGCAAAAAGAAAUAAUAAUCCUCAUGUUUCCCUGGGACCCUGAGUAUGGCCCCAUUGAGGAGGAAGGUCAACUUCUGUCACUGAAAAGGCAAAAAGGGGAGGGAACAUAUCUGGUGCUGGCACAUUGA